CACAUUCACAAUAUAUAAGCCAAUCAGCUGUUUUUUGCCAACAACUGUUUGCCUGUGUGUAGCCAAUUUCGAACAUCCCUAAAGAUGGACGGCGACCUUGCGGAGAAGCAAUUUUGGACUGGUGUGCUGAUAUUAAUUCGAAAUUAUCAUGCAAUUAAUAGGAAAAUAUUUGCUUGUAUAAUAAGUAAAGUGCUCCAAGUAGACCACGGAAUUGAAAAAUUCUGGGAAAAAGACUAUCAGUUGCAAGAUAUAGGGAGAUUUUGUCAUCAUGCGGAGGAUGCGGUCCAUGAAAUCACGGAAGCUGAUAUGGAGUCAGUUCUUCAUAAGAUGGGAACGUCAGAAUAUGAACUUAUAGAAUGUGAAGGAUUACUAAUUUUUUUCAAGUUUCUGACAAAAAAAAUGCACAAGAAUAUCGAUGCCGUGGGUAAAAUAGAUUUUGUUAACAAAACGUAUACGUGUGAAUUCCACUACGAGGGUUUGGAUAAUUUUUCAGUUAAGUUUGUGAACGGCAAACUAUUAGUCAAUGCGCACAGUCGUCGUGAUAUAUCCGACAAAAGCGAAGGAUGGAGUGACUUCGUACUGAAACCAAAACUAUUAAAGUGGUGCACAAAUCCAAGUGUGAAUGCUUCCGGCUGUGCGGAGGUGCCGAAAUACGCCAGAUCCCUGCAAUUAGUGGACUUGGAAAGUUACAAUGAACUUUACAAAAUGCUUAAAUCCAAAUAUGCUGCAAAAGCACUUGAAUGUUGGAACACGGCAAACGAAUCUACCGAUCCUCUGAAGUUCAUUUACGAAGACUUGGCAAUAGCUGCGUAUUUAAUUUGCCUAUGGCAACGUGUUGGUGCGCCAAACGGGUUUGCUGAUUUGGGAUGUGGGAAUGGUUUAUUAGUAUAUUUAUUAUCCGAAGAAGGUUUCAAUGGUUAUGGCUACGAUGUGAGAGCACGCAAAAUUUGGUCCUGUUAUCCAAAAACAACCAGACUAAUGGAGCAAACAAUUGAACCGCAUAAAUUUAGGUUGCCCGAAGAUGUAGAUUGGCUGAUCGGUAAUCACUCUGACGAACUUUCUCCAUGGCUUCCUGUUUUAGCUGCCACUAGUGGCUACCAAAUGCGGUACUUUCUUCUUCCUUGUUGUGCCUACGAGCUAUCCGGUGCAAAGUUUCAACGUCGCAAAACGAGUAUUAGUGUAUACCAAGAUUUUUACGCUUAUUUACAAAUUAUUUCGCAAAAAUGUGGGUAUGCAACGCUGAAAGAUCGUUUAAAAAUUCCCAGUACAAAGCGUUUAGCUUUGAUAGGAACUGAGCGCACACAGUCACAGGACGACUACGGGAGAAUUCUAGAGGAGAUAACAGAGUUUGUCCAGCAGGAACAACUGAAAUUUGGAAAUAUCUCAUCAAGUUCGGAAGUUAAAUUGCGUGACAGACAUGAAGCAGUACGCAACUGCACUCAACUAGAUAAGAAUAUUAUAGAUUCAUUAGUUUUGAAAAUAUUUCAUCGGCUUUUGUCUGAUCCAGACAAGAAAACAUUUGUCGACAAUGGCAAAGGUAAUAAGUGGCGGACGGGGAACCGUUUACGUAUGUGUGAGAUUGUCCAGAAUUUAGAUAGUGGUGACUUGCGAAAUAUUAAAGCUGAAUGCGGUGGCAUAAAAACUUUACUUCGAAACAAGCAUGAAAUAUUUGAGUUUCUAGGGAAAGACUUUGUCGGAAUAAAAAAACCACAAGUCCACAAUCCAUCUAAAGCGAAGGCUAAGAAACAAACUGUCAAAAAACGUGCUUGCUUCUUUCAUCUACAUCACCCGGAUGGAUGCCCCCUUUCGGCCGAGCAAUGCACGUUUAUACAUUAAGCAGUUUUGUGUACUAAAUAAGAAAGUAGAAGGUACAAUUUUAUUUAAAUAAGUUUUUAAUCAAAGUUUUAACUCCUGGUCUACUAUAUACAUAAAUCUGAUGUACUUUUUAAGAAACGACUUAUGCAUUUACAAAUGGUAUAUAGCAGCAAUUUUCCAUUUCCUGCAUUAACUUCAUUUUUAAAAGCGCCUUAAGUUAUUAACGUUGCAGGUGGAAAUCUGAUAUAAUUUUUAAUGUUUAAGAAAAUUGUUUGCAUGUAUUCUUGAAAUUCAAAGCUGAAUACCACAAUUUCGCAUGUACGUGA